AUGUGUCUUCUUUCUCCAACUCCCAAGGAGCAGCAGGAGAUCUUGGUUGACAACGGGCCGCUGUAUCAAGCGGUUCUGUCGGCAACACUGACUUGCGGGGGACUGCCGAGGGUGGCGGGCAGACAGCAGGCGAAGGAAGAGAGCCUGGCCAGGCGAUCAACCCGGCGAAGCUCUGUUCCUGGCGACCAAACUCUCGGGGAUAACUCUACGAGCUUGUGGAGCGAUGGUAAUCCGCGGUCAACGAGUAUGGCCAUGCACGGCACUACCACCUCUUCCGCGGCAACUCCACCGGACAGAAACAACUUCUCCGAGCAGGUCUCAAGGCGAUGCUCCGCCUGUCUAACCUGUCCAGCAGAAACUCACCUUCUUCUCAGCGACGACACUGAAAAUUCUCACGAGAAUUCUCACGACAAUAAGCCGCUCGAGGACCCCGACGACGAGGAGAACAAUUGUCCGGGUUGCGGAAAGCCCAGUGAUAACACCCCAGAGACACCCACUGCGUCAUCUAAUUCUGUUUCUGCUUCUGUCUCUGUGUCUUUGUCCUCCUCGGCCUCCUCCUCAGCACCCUCCGACUCGCCUCCGACGCCUCCGCCGAGGCAGACUUCCACUGGUGAUUCAGCGCCCACGUCAUCGUUGCCUAGAGACCAGGGAACUGAUGAUGAUAUUAAUCUUGUCAACAAUAUUAACAACCAACGGAAUUCUUUGACCCUCAGCAGCAAGAUAAAAGCAAAAACCAGUCCAGACAUCAGUAGACGCCUCCGCCGAAGUUCUUGGCCGUGCGUGAGCCACCAGCGCGAGAACCCCAAACGCUCUCCUUCACUACCUCUACUAGUGACCCGGUGGACCUGUAUCAGGUGUCUCCAAGCAAACUGCAGUAGCUUGGCAUCUCCAGUGUGCACUGCUUGCGGAGCUAGUUCCACGAUCGCCCAGACGAAUGGCAACCUGAUCGGCGUGCGCCGAGGCAAGCGACUGAAGGCCCUGAAGCUGAGCAACAAGCAAGAGCCACGGGGUGACAUCGUCGCGACAGUGGCAGCGGGGCUAGCCACGUGGAUCCGCGAUGUCGGGUGCUUGAAUCUGGGAAUCGGAGUGUUGGACCGCGACGAAGGGAUGGCGCAGUUGAGCUCAGUCGGGCUCAGCAGGAACAGGUCACAGUCUAACCGCGAGAACUGGACCCUUCCUCCGAUUGAGAGCAUGGAGCCGAUUUCAUUCGCGGAUUCAUCAACUGACGGCUCUCAGCGUUCUCCAAAGCGUCACAGCCCCUCAGUCUACGAGCGAGUUAAAUCCAAAGUGAGUAGGUCGCUGUCGAACGGGUCAGUGGUGCAAAAGCUGCCGGAGCACGGAGUGAUCCCUCGACCGACCAGUCUAAUAGUCGCGGAAGCUCAUCAAGACGACGCGCUUUGGAGCUGCGAUAAUUGCACUCUGGAUAACGCUCCAGAUUUAGAGCAAUGCGAGGCUUGUGAUGCUCCAAGAAGCCCGACGCCUUGCAGCGGAGUGGUGAUAAGCGUUCCGGGCUGGGAGUCCCGGGCUCUGGGACUUUCAUCAGCCGGGCCGCUGUCCUACAGAAGAUCCUUCUCGGAAAUCGACGCAGUGGCGAACGCAGCGCAGAAGAAAGCCGCGAAUCGGCGGAGCCUAAAUGAUGAUGAUCCUCCAGCGGUACCGCCUCACUCGGUGGGCUUUAAUUCUCGGCCUAAGUACUCCUACAUCGGAAUAACCGACCCGGAUGCUCCGCCACCGUUACCGAAGAAACAGAGCAGCAAGAUCGGACUGCCAGUGGUCUCGCAGCGAGCCAGAAGUGAAUCCACGAGUCCAGUGGAGACUCCCGGGUCCUCCAGUCCGCUCAGACGUAUGUGGACCUGUCGCAAGUGCUCUUACGCCUACAACCCGCUCUGGUCUAUCGGCUGCGACAUCUGCAGCUCCAAUCGCACUCCUCCCUCGCUGCUACAGCCCAGUUUGAUUACUGUGACGAAGGACACGCUCAACUCCCGGCCGAACAUUCCCCAGUCGCCGAUUGUUGUGUCUAGAGACAGUGUCAGGUACAUCCCCAAAGCAACCCUCGCUACUGCCGAGUCGGACCUCGAGGACUCGAUUGAAGCUCCGAUGCCGGGGCCAAAAUGGACCUGCAAGAAGUGCACGCUGCUUAAUCCCGCCUCCAGGACGACUUGUGAAGCCUGUGGUGGGUCUAAGCUCAGGAGUGUCACUCAUGUUGAAGAUCCAACUCUUAGAAAGGGAGAAAGUUGGGUCUGUCCUUCCUGUACUCUGAGGAAUCCUCUCACUGCCCAAAAUUGCAAUGCUUGCAAAACUCUCGCUGAUUUUCUGGAGGUACCUGGAACUAGGGAUAGUCGCCCUGGACAACGCAGUCCCAGUCCUAGGUUGUCUAGUGGCAGUGCGAGUGGUCUAGCGAAUAUUACCAGGAUUUCUACACCCAGGCACAGAAACUCUGUCAGGAGGAAUGGACCUUUGCCUGGCGACAAGCGACAUUCUAAGAUUAAAGAAUCGACUGUUACUCAGUGGCACUGCAAGUUGUGUACAUUUGAAAAUAAAAGCAGCAACGGUGUGUGUGAAAUGUGCCAAAGCUCAAAGUCAUUGUCGCAAACACCGGGUAAUAUACCGCGUUUUAAUGAACCCGGUGUUAGUACGCUGAGAAUACAACGACAGGAAAGUGUUGUGAUGGAAAACUUGAGGCAUAUUGAGGAGAGAGAAGCCUUAGAAAAAUGGGAACGGAUUGUACGAUACUGUAAAGAGACAAACGAACCAUUUGUAGACGAUUCAUUCCCGCCAGCACCUAAAUCAUUGUACUAUAACCCAUUAGACACUAAGGAUAACCACGUGGUGCAGUGGAGAAGGCCACACCAGAUAAACGUCGACUCGAGUGUCGAUUCAAAACUGCCUUGGGCUGUCUUCAGAACUCCACUGCCUUCGGAUAUAUCGCAGGGUGUAUUGGGGAACUGCUGGCUUCUAUCGGCUUUGGCGGUGCUUGCUGAGAGCGACGAGCUGGUGAGACGGGUGCUGGUGAUGCGAGAAACCUGUCCCGAGGGUGCUUACCAGGUCAGAUUGUGCAAGGACGGCAAGUGGACUACGGUGCUUGUCGAUGAUCUUUUACCCUGUGAUAAAAGAGGUCAUCUGGUUUAUUCUCAGGCGAAAAGAAAACAGCUGUGGGUUCCAUUGAUAGAAAAAGCCGUCGCUAAAAUUCACGGUUGCUACGAAGCGCUGGUAUCUGGACGUGCAAUCGAGGGAUUAGCGACCCUGACUGGAGCACCAUGUGAAAGUGUACCUCUCCAACCUUCUGCACUGCCUAGCGAAGACGAGCUCGACAAGGAUCUGAUUUGGGCUCAGCUACUGUCAUCCAGACAGGCGAUGUUCCUGAUGGGCGCGAGCUGCGGGGGCGGAAACAUGAAAGUCGACGAAGAAGAGUAUCAACGACGGGGGUUGAGACCGCGUCACGCUUACUCAGUCCUCGAUGUCAGAGACGUCCAGGGAAUCAGACUGCUACGUUUGAGGAAUCCUUGGGGUCAUUACAGUUGGAAAGGCGACUGGUCUGAUGAUAGUCCCGUGUGGACUCCUCAAAUGCGCGAAAUGUUGAUGCCUCACGGUGCUUCUGAUGGUGUCUUCUGGAUUUCAUUUGAUGACGUCCUUAAAUAUUUUGACUGUAUUGAUAUUUGUAAAACACGUGUUGGUUGGAGUGAAGUUAGACUACGUGGUACUUUGCCACCACUUUCGUCAUUAAGACAUUUAUCGUGUGUACUACUGACUGUACUUGAACCGACGGAAACGGAGUUUACAUUAUUUCAAGAAGGCCAACGGAAUUCGGAAAAAUCCCAACGUUCGCAAUUAGAUUUAUGUGUAGUUGUCUUUCGUACAAGAUCACCAGCAGCACCGCAAGUUGGUAGACUGGUCGAGCACAGCAAACGACAAGUACGAGGAUUUGUUGGUUGCCACAAAAUGCUCGAGCGAGAUUUGUAUAUCGUAGUUUGCCUGGCAUUCAAUCACUGGCAUACAGGUAUGGAGGACACGUCGAGUUAUCCCGAGUACGUUUUGGCAAUUCACAGCUCCAAGCGGCUGUUGGUCGAGCAAAUAUCACCGCCAGCUUUCGUCCUUGCAGACGCUAUUAUCAGCCUAACACUCGCCAAAGGACAACGACAUGAAGGGAGAGAAGGAAUGACUGCGUAUUAUCUGACUAAAGGCUGGGCUGGACUGGUUGUAAUGGUGGAAAAUCGUCAUGUCAACAAGUGGAUCCAUGUUAAGUGUGACUGCCAUGAAAGUUACAACGUCGUCUCAACGAGAGGCCAAUUGAGGACUGCCGACAGUGUACCGCCUCUCCACAGGCAAGUUAUUAUAGUGCUGACGCAAUUAGAAGGCAGCGGUGGGUUCUCAAUAGCUCAUCGUUUGACGCACAGACUCGCCAACAGUGGAAACUUACAUGACUGGGGGCCACCUGAUACUCAGCAUUGCCCGCAAAUAGACACCCAAGUUGAAGGUCUACACAGUCCUAGAUUAAUAACGUGA